AUGGACACAAUAAUUGUUAUGAUAUUGGCGGCCAUCGCCUGGUUUGUCUUCGGCCCAGCCCUCCUACGGAACCGCACACCUAUCCCCGAAACCUCGGGCAAGGUGCACAAGAUCACCAAGCCGGCCGAGCUCGAUGCGCUGCUCAAGGCCACGACCCACGUCGUAGUGGACUUCUACGCGGACUGGUGUCCGCCCUGCCGCGCCAUCGCGCCCGUCUUCUCGAAACUCGCCGACGACCACGCAGCCCAGGGCCAGCUGGCCUUCGCCAAGGUUAAUGUCGACCACGUAAACGCUGUUUCGGCUCGGUAUGGUGUAUCGGCUAUGCCCACCUUUGUGUUUUUCGAGGACGGGCAGCCAACGCCUGUGGCCGACGUCGAGAAGGUGAGGCAGAGCCCGUCCGUUGUGCUCAAGGAUGGCGGCGUGGAGAGGAUCAGGGGUGCAGACCGGAAUGCGCUUGUUGCGGUCGUUGAGGCCUUAGCUGUGAGGGUAACAAAGACCGGCGGUGUCGAAGAGAUGAAGAGUAAGUAG